AUUUUAUAGAACUCCCUAACAGAGAACUCAAGAAACUAAGUUAUAUUUAAUAAGACAAUAUGGCAGGAUCUAACCUAGUCACCUCCCUCCCAAAGUUUGGUCAUGCUGGAGCAGCAAUUGCUAAGGCUCGUGCAUGGAAUACUAGGGUCUUUGCCGCUGCCACCCCUAGACCUAUCCAAGUUCCAACUUCACAUGAUCAGGAAGGCUCAGUAACCUCUGAUGGCCUGAACACUACAGAAACAAUCAAUAACAGUUUGAACGAACCACUGCAAGACAAAGCUUACAGCUCCAAUGCUGCAGAGCAUAUUAAUAACAAGGCAAAAGACACUGCUAAUCAGAUAUCAGACAAAGCACAAAACAUUACUGAAAAAGCAAAGCAGACAAUGCAAGAGGCAUGGGACUCCACUAAAAACAAUGCCAAUAAGGCUGCAGACAAUGUGUUGGGAAAGACUCAAAAGUCUGCUGAAUAUGUCAAAGAAAAUGCAGAGACUGUGAAGGAGAACAUGAACAGCAAGAACAGGAACUGAGAUUCUCAAACACCAUUUUUUUCAAUUAAUCUAUGAUGCUACCACAUCAUAUACAUUUCAUAUUUACCAUUUAGCCAUUGUUUGUCCUUUUUGUUUGUUUAAUAAUUUUUUAUUCAUGGAGAUGGAGAAGAUAUGUAUCUUCCCAAUGACAUAUGUGAGACACAAAAUGUCAUUAAAUUGUUUCAACAGUCAAUAAAUACGUUUUUA